AUGAGUACUCACAUACCUAUUCAACAAAUGAACCCAGACUUUGUCAUAUCGGUAUUGUCUGAGGUGGAAAAUGCAAAAACGGGGGCCACGAAGGCAGAAUCUACGGCCAAUAUUGAAAAAUUGGUCAAUGGGUUGAGUGCUAAUGGUUUCUACACCCAAGUUAGGCCUAGUGGUGACAGCCAGUCAAACUUGUUAGUAUUCGUGAAAUUGGCGUCGUACAAAUACGCAGAAGAAAUAGAGAAGGACUUGAUCAAGAAUUACGAGUACGGUGUCACUGCCAAAAACGACACUCAAGCCGAUAAAUUGAGAAUCAUUGCUAAUGCAUUGACAGCCCCAUCAUCAAUUGGCGGUGUUGGUAUCACCGUUGGAAAGGGAGACUGGAGUUUUGUCCAGAGUAUUACGCCUAUUACUGAUUCAUUGAGACAUUCUACUUUUGUUGAAGACUUCAAAGCACACGUCACGAAUGGCGAUGUCAGUACCAACACAAUAAAAGAGAAAUUUGGGGUUCAAAUUGCCUUGUAUUUUGAGUUUUUAAAGUUCUACACCGUAUGGUUAGGAUAUUUAUCUGUGUUUGGGCUUGUAUCAUACUUUAAAUCUAAGAAGUCUUUCCUGUUGACGUACACCUUUAUCAAUUUGAUUUGGGGUUGUUUAUUUAUUACUUUUUGGAAUAGAAGACAACAAUACCUAGUCAACUUCUGGGGAGUCCAAAAUUCUCAUCACAUUGAAGAGCACACUUCUGCAUUGGCCAAGAUCAAUGAAAAAUUUGAAGAAAAAUCCACUUAUGAGAAGAAGGGUAAUACUUCUGGUGUUAGAUUUGUCAAGCAACUCGCCUUUAUCCCAAUUGCCUUAUUGUUUGUGGGUGUUUUGGUUGCGUAUCAAUUAGGGUGCUUUGCUCUCGAGAUCUUUUUGGCAGAAAUAUACGAUGGACCUGGUAAGGCAUUUUUAACUUUGUUGCCUACUAUUUUGAUUUCUGUUUUCGUACCAAUCUUAACCAUUGGUUAUGGACUAGUUACCGACCAUGUAUUGGCGUGGGAAAACCACGACAAUGAAUACAGCCAUGAUAAUUCUGUUAUCGUCAAGCAAUUUAUUUUAAAUUUUUUGACCAGUUACGGUCCAUUGAUUAUCACUUCUUUUGUUUACUUGCCUUUUGCUCAUUUGGUUCAACCGCAUAUUGGUGAUAUUCAAUAUUCGAUAUCAAAAAAUUUGAAUCAUGAUAGAUUCUACCAUAAGUAUUUAACAAAUUUGAAGAGAUCAGAGGAUUUCAAAAUAAAUCAACAAAGAUUGAAUGUUCAAUUUUUCUAUUUUAUUGUGACAAAUCAAGUUAUUCAAAUUGUGUUGAAAUAUGUUUUGCCUAUUAUAUUACAGAAAGGUAUUAAGUUUUUCAAGACUAAAAUCCAAGGUAAGCCUGAUUACAAGGUUGAUGAUAGAGAAGUUGAAAAGUCUUGGUUGGAUAUUGUACGUGCUGCUACCCAAUUACCUGAAUACAAUGUCAAUGAUGACUUUAGAGGCUUGGCCUUGCAAUACGGUUAUUUGAUUAUUUUCGGCCCAGUUUGGUCGUUGGCUCCUAUAAUUAGUAUUAUUUUCAAUAUCAUUACCUUCAAAUUGGAUAUGUUUAAGUUAUCCAACGGAAAGUAUUUCAAGCCACCAAUUCCUCACAGAGUUGAUUCUAUUCACCCAUGGAAUCACGCAUUAUUUGCGUUGACUUGGAUUGGAUCAGUUAUUUCUCCAGUUAUUACAGCGUUUUAUCAUCAUGGUGCUCAACCGCCUAAGACUUUAGGUCAAUUUGCUUUGGAUAAAGCUAGUGUUAAUAUUUCUGGUACAACAUUAAUAUUUUUGGUUUUCCUUAGUGAGCAUUUGUUCUUUGCUUUCUGGGUUGUAUUAUUUAAGAUUUCUAAAUUGUUUAAGAGUGAAAUCGAAAGAAAGAAUGACUUCGGAGCAAACGACCUUAAAAUAAGACACGAUUACUAUUCAGGUAAGGUUGAACAAACUGCUGUUGCAGGUGAUGAUGGUGAAUGGUCUAAUUUUGGUCCUGAACGUGCCUUAAAGGAAGCGGUCGGUAUUCCAAUUGCCAACGUUAAGGUUGACGAGACUGAAGAUCUAAAUGAAAAAUCUAUUAACAGUUCGGGUAAGAAUGUUUCUUCAUCUUCUCAACAGAGGAAUGUUGAAACCCUUCCAGGUUCUUCAGAUAAUUAUCUGACUUCUUACCAAAAGCAACAAAAUGGUCUGUUUGCGACGGGAUCAAGAGGUACCAGAGAUAAUAAUGUCAAUUCUACAGCUUCUGGUAUUGAUAGCAGAGCUGGUGCUGGUACCGGAACUGGACCUGUUGCUGGCGCGGCUGUUGGUUCUCGUUCUGUUGCAUCGGGAACUGGCGCUUCUGAUGAUUCUAAACAACGCUUAAUUGAGGAAAAGAGAAGGUUAUUGGAAGAAAAGGAAAGAAUUUUGAGAGAAAAAGGAGCUCAUGCUACCAAUCUCACCGGCGACGAGAAAAAGGUUUUGGAAACAGUGAAGGAUAAGUCAGAUUCAAUAGUCGAGAUCAAGGAUUUAGAAGGCAACACAACCUAUUCUACUAUGGAUAACAACAAUCAUUUUGAUCCUUCAGAAGUUGAAGAUACCAAAACCAAAUUGGACACCCCUAAAGAUUCCAAGGCACCUGGUACUGUAAACAAUGCUUCCCAAGUUGGAGGUACUGAUUCUAAAGUUGGUGGAGUAGAAGGUGGCCAGUCUGGUAAUGUGCAAGCUAAUGGUGCUAAAUCCAGCGCUGAUGCAGAUACAAGUGAAGCAGACAUCAGCCAUGCUGAUACCACCAAUGCUGAUACAACUUUCGAAUCUUCUACAACUAAUUCGAAUAGUUUUGUUAAGAAUGCUCAAAAGACAGCUAAAGAUAUUACUCAAAAGGUUGAUGAAAAUGUUACCAACGGUAAUGUCACUAGAAAGAAGACAUCUCUUAAAAAGUUAUUAAGAAAAAAAAAAUAG